UAGAAAAGCGCAGGCGGUGAGUGACUGGAUAAUAGUCGUAGACGUGGAAGGGUCUCCGUGAGCGCUUUCUCCGUGAGCGCUCUGUUGAACGCUGUUCGCGUGCGUUCGGAACCUUGAGCACGUAAUGUCGUCCAUGUCGUCUGCAUCGAGAGCGUUUGCAGACGCAUAGGACUUUGGGCGCCUUCUGCAACUUCCGGCUGCGGUAGCACUUCGUCGUCUGCUCGCGCUGCGGCACCAGAAGUUUCUGUUCCCGCGCACGUACGCAGCGUGAACUUUGAAAAUUUGACUCGCUACCUGUAGGUGGGGCGUCGUUUUGCAUCAGCGUGCUUCAGCUGCAGUGUUCAGACUUGGACAGGACUUCGCCUAACUGCCGCCUCAUUGGGUGCACCUAACUCUCCGCGAGGCCGCCUGUGACAAAGAGUGCGGCUAAUCCGGCAGCUGCCGACCCCGUCGUCGCCCUCCCCGUCACUGGUAGUCAGGCUCACCGGCGGCCCAGAAUCGCCAUGCCGAGCACGGGCCAGGUACCGUCGCUGUCGGCGCUGCAGCCCCCGCACGAAGACGCGCACAACCACCACCACCACCACCACCCGGCCAAGGACCAGUACCGGGUCGUGGUACUCGGAGCCGCCCGAGUCGGCAAGACGGCCAUCGUGCACCAGUUCCUGUACGACGAGUUUCCCGUCGACUACUUCGCCACCGUCGAAGAGUUCCACACGGGCGAAUACGAGCUGAACGGGGCCUCCCUCACGCUGGACAUCGUGGACACGAGCGGCAGCUACCCGUUCCCCGCCAUGAGGCGGCUGGCCAUCACCACGGCCGACGCGUUCGUGCUCGUCUACGCCAUCGACGACCCGGAGUCGUUCGAAGAGGCGCGCCGCAUCCACGACCAGAUCGUCCAGCUCCACUCGGCCAAGGCGCCCGUGGUCGUGGUGGGCAACAAGUGCGACCUGCCCGCCGCGAUGCGCCGCGUCAGGCGAGAGGUGGCCGAGACCAUCAUCGCCAUCGACUGGGAGCACGGCUUCGUGGAGUCCUCGGCCAAGGACAACGUCAACGUGUUCGCCAUCUUCAAGGAACUCCUGGUCCAGGCCAAAAUUCCGUACGACCUGAACCCGGCCUCCGUGAACAAGAGGCGUCGCUCGCUGCCCGUCUGCCCGACCAGCCCGACCAUCAAGGACAAGACGCUGCUCAAGAGGAACAGCUGCGCCGUUUCAUAGCUGCGUGGAGGUCGUCGCUAGUGUUUCUUUUCUGUUUUUUGCAGAAACACUUUUUGUGGACUCGCGCCUGCCUCCAGUGCCAGUUACUGUCACGUUUCGCCGCCGAUGCCGUUGUGCUAAACUCGGCAGAUCAAUUUUGCAGUGGAACGAAGUGUCCGCACCUGUGGGAUCAAGGUAAAGGCUUUGCCUGCUUCGAAGGCCAGCGAAAUACUGCUCGGACUAGGGAGACUGUGAAACUGCCAGUAUGACGUCCUAGUGAAACGUUGAGCAAAUCAGAAGAUUGUGUGUCAUAGAAGAUGCAGUAACAGCUGCGCCCCCCUGCAAUACAACAGUCUCCCAAGGGCGGCCAAUGCAGUGGCGUGAAUAUUCAGCUAAUAACAAAGUCGCUGGUUGGAAUGCGCAGCCUAUGGAAAGCAGCAGGGAAAAAGAGAAGACUGGCUUUCCGAGGAAUGGCGUCUUUGCGUCAUCAUAACGGCUGGUGCCUGGAGUUGAUUAGGGACUAUACUUGUACAUAGGGCCCUUUCGAGAACUCUAUUAUUUAGCAACGUGAGAACCUGAUGACAUAUUUCCACUAUGAUAAGACUAACAUAAACUAUGUAGUGGUUCCAGUAACUCACUGUCCAAGUCUAUGCCAUCUACAUGGUUUGACCACGCUAUCGUUUGAGAAUGGUGAUUCAGGAGGCAAUCGCAUGCAGGAAGAAUUUAUUUCAUUCCGAGGAAUUUCACUGUGAUCGACUUUCACUCGCGAAAGCAGACGUCACAAGUUUCUUGUGAUCGCAGUGUAGGAAGCUCAGGUAGGCAAAGAACACGCAUCCUACCACGAGCAUGACCCAGCAGAUAGAGCCACGGCUGUGACGCAAGCAACCCAGCCAUGGGAUCCAGCAUCGGCUUCUCAUGAACACCGAGUGCGAGUGUGUACCCCCCGUGGUCUCUUUCGCCAGGACCAGUCUAACCCAGAUGACAAUCACAGUGCACCUGUGCUGAAGAUCAUGAACUCUGCAGCUGUGUUUGAGCAGCAGAACAGAUGUAUGAUAACUGUUGUCCGGUCAGCUUAUGCUGCCUACCAAAGCUGUUAACACCUCGUCUGAAUGAAUUAGCACAUUUCCGACAUUGCUCAUUCUGCGAGAACACAUUGAUUGCGACUAACACAUAGUCCGUCGCAGGCAUAAUAAAACUUGCGAGGGCACGUAAGGAAUCAAGUAGCGCAUUUCCAAUGGACAUCUAUCUGCUCGCGUAGCACCCGUCAGUCUUGAGACCUGAUGCAACGCCGCAGCUAGGUACCUAUGACACGCCCGAAACUGAGAUAGCGUGGUAGUUAACGGAAGCGAUGAAAGGCCAAUCAGAAGUUGUAAUUUUGACGCAGAGUCAGUCUACCAGCUUAACACAUGGCUUUUUUUUUUGAGCUUCCGUCAGGCGAGAGGUGGGUGAGAGUAAGGUGAGAGUAAGGAAGCGCAGACAGCGAAGAAAGUAGUGUAGGAGCAUUGGCUUUGAAAAGGACAUUCAAGCACGCGUGUUAGCUUGGUAAUUCGAUAAGAAUGCAUGCCCGGAAAGACAGCUAACUGUCGUAAUGUGCGAAGUUUCCCUUCCCAUAUGUAGACUACCACUCGACGUUGUCAAACCACAUCAACGUAUCAUAAUUAUUUUUUCUAGCCAACACUUCUGUACUCGGCCAAUCUAUUUACAUCCUUUGCUGUAAUGUAACCUCACAAAGGUACCACUUAUUGUGCCUAUUCUCAUAUAGGAGUACAAUAACCUCCCACUCUCUAGCGUGCAGGAGAUUUUUCGCAAUCAAACUAAAAUUAAAAUUCAGCCUCCACAGCCAGGACUCUAAUCCACAACUUUGUGCGCGGCAACAAAAUGUCAUAGCUACUGAGAGAUGACGUAGCGGGCUAAUAAUUUAACGUGAAAACAAUGGAAUUAACUGGAAUAUAAUCUCAUGUUUCAAAAUCGAGUUUGAACGGUAAUUUGGUUAGCUGGGAAUUGCACGUUUAGCUUGAUAUCAGUCUGUAUGAGUAUAAGCAACUAGAAUUAUUAGAAUUAUUAUGGCGUUUAGAACGAAAGAUAAGACCCUUAACGUAGUUAACAGCACAGGGCUAUUUUUGACAAAAUCAACAGGGCACCAAACAGAACGAGGACAGCCAAAGAGAACGCGAACAUUGACACGGUCGGUACGACAAUGUCGAGAUGUCACGUGGUAGCUUCCCACUUGAGCGAACUACACUGAAAGAAGGUACAACCUUAAAUAAGGAUGCUUGUGCGUCGACUAACUUAAUGAGACUGGGGCGUGGCUCACGCUUUAGCUGUGACUGGGGUGGCCAGCCAGCUAAGCAAAAUCCACAUGUUGCUUUCCGCAUUGCGGCGUAAAUCUAUGAGGCCACGUUUGUGCUGAUGCUGUUGCAUACAAACUCCUGAAAAAAAAAAAAAGCUGUCUGAUAGAACUCCCGCGUUUGUGACUGCUAAAUAAUCGCUAUCUAUCAGACUUUCGUUGUGACGUUCUUGCCACUUGCUUUUUUUUUGCAACCGUUUGGUUUUGAUGUGUAUUUGACUGUCUAUAAGCGCCAUUUUUAAGCUGUUUCAUAAAUAUUAUCAGUAGGACAUCAAUGUGAAAUGUACAGACGAGAACUUUCACCACACCAACUGCAAAUAUUUUAAUAGAAAUUGGCAUUGUCUCUAUUCACUUGAGAUGAUAGGCGACUUUAAUGAUCUGAGAAUGAAUCUGACGAUUAGGGUGUAAUUAUUGAGGUUAUGUUCUAUGCAGUGAUUAUUCUGGAACGCAGCGCACACCUAAGGAUAAAUGCAGUUAACGAGCAGUACACACGCUCUGUCACGUGCAUAAUGACCCAAGUUGGCCUCAAAGAGGGUCGGUCAUUGUAGAGCGGCACAUACACAGUGGAACAUAUCCAGUGAAUCAAGACGAAGUCAGAUGGAUUCAUUAAAGAGAACCAAAUAUGCAGUGCCACGUACCGGGUGAUCCAAAUUUGUUCAAAGACUGGUUUUGAAUCCGGUUCUCUCAACAUAGCAACUCUACCCAUUUGAGCACGGACUACGUAGUGGCCCAAAGCUGGCGGGAAAGGGUUAGGCGUGGAUAGACGUACAGGCGCGGCAACUGCUAGCGGGAACAUUAGAGCCCGGGCAGCGCUCUACGGAGCGCCACCCCCGGCGUCUCGGGAAGUCUUGGCAGACAACUCGCUACAGAAGACGGCUCCCCGGAAUUUUCAGCAAUCGAUAUGAUUUCGCCUGUGCCGCAAGACUACAUGAGGCGCCGGUGGUGGGGCAAUCGGUGCAGCAAUGCCAUGGGCUUCGUAUUCCCACUAUCGGUGUCCGCUUCUGUACAUACCGCAAACUGGGGGAAGUUCCCAUUCAUGCUAAUAGGAUUACAAGGAGUGACCACGCCUCUAAACAGUUUUAUGUUGCGAACUGAAAUACAUGCCAACGCUGUUGACAAGAAACAGCAGGACGAGUGGUGAUUUUAAGUUACUGCACACUGGGCCUAUAUUCGAGAGGUGACGCGGCAACCAGUAUAGGGACAUUUCUGGGCCUACCGAUCAAACGGUCUUGUCAAACGGUGAAAUUCGGGGAUAUAUCACAAAAGAUGAGACUCAAGACCACCACUCGUAAUUUCUUCUGUCUUAGGAAUGGUCUCUCCGUUCGAAGUAGGAUGACAUGUUUUCCCUUGUGCCGUCAGCUGCGGUGCUGCCAGAAGUCGUCGAUGAGUUUGUCAAUCACAGAUGGCACCAAAUACGAUUGCGAACACCUCGUCUGCUGGUUAACCCACCUUGCACGGUGAGCACGGCGGACGCCUAAUCGCGCGACAGGAAAAGCUUUGAAAUAAUGAAGGAAUUAUUCGCGAGUGGAGGCGGACGCUACAAUCUCAAGGCAUGAUAAUGGAGAUAAAAGAAGGAGAAAUGCCAAAUGGGACAGAUCAAUCGAGGACACAUAAGACUUAAUGGCAAAUAGCAGUGAAAUGACAUCACAGAAAGUGUGACAUAAGAACUCUUAAGCGUAGUAACGAAAAUAAUGUUUGACCAUCGAAUAAGGUCUUAAUUUAAUCGGGAUAGACAAAUGUGUGCAUUGAAGAGUCUUACAAACUGGCGCAUAAUUUUGGAAGAGCCUGCUAGUACAGUGAUUCUCUUUUCCUGUAAGGAUGUGAUAUUGCGGCGAAUAAAAUUUAGGGGAAUUUCCGUGACCCAAACAGCGCAACUUCGCCUCACGGCUUGCGAAAUAACAAUGUGAACUGGCUCUCGACAAGGCUGGCUUACGACUUGCAAAGACUGGCAAUGUGCCGUCAUACAUCAUUUCAGACUGUUUCCCUAAAGCCUCUCAGGGGCGACACCAUUUUCAAAUCAAAGGUUUAAGUCACGGAGUCGUUUCGAAGUGUUAUCGGCAUGGCGAGUUUAAGGAAAAGGCAAAAUCAUUUACUGAAUGUCUCUUGUGAAAUAUGCAUGAUGGAACGUUGUUGCUGGUCUACCAUUAUCUUGGUUUUCUCCAGAGGCUUUCAACCGACGUUUUAAUAUUCCGAAUCAGCUCUCUCCGAAAGAACAAAGGAACGAUAGAUAAAUUAAGAAAUUGUGUAGUGCUCUUAAAAAACAGUACAAUGAUUCAUUUAAAGAAGAGAAACAUUUGCGUUUAUAUAUAGCUGAAUUUUUUUUGUUUUUAAUGGUGACAUAAAUUCUUGGUGCAAGAUUUGAUAGCGUUACUAACACACGAAACGUUGACCACGUGGAACGAAGGUGCAUUACUGCCUUAUUAUGGUGGCGACCAACACAACUGCCGGAUAAUAUCACGUGAAAAUUUACAGUUGUCCUGCCACACACUAGUCAACACACCUCAGGAUUUUUCGUCAUGCCGCCGCGCUGUUAACAGAUGUUGUCCUCAGAGGACUUCAGAACAAAGGCAUUUACGGAUGUAGUAGUUGUUGUGUUAAACAUGAAAUCCGGAGGUAUUUCAUCUAAUAAUGGCAAUCGAUGUCAACGUACUGUCCGUUAGGCCAUUAGUUCUGCUUACUUUGACAGAUGUCGCGUCGAUGCAGAGUAAAACUGUUGCAUGCUGUGAAAAUAGGCUAGACGUUUUUAAGUAUGCCACAUCUGUGAUUUCCUUGUUUUAAGAUGAUCUUUAGGUGUUAACAAGGUUGCAUCGACGCUUUUUUUCCUCUGCUGUCGUGAAGUGAAGCCACAGUACUAUCCCUGAUCAUGUGUUCCUGCCGUUCAACUUGUGCGUAGAUAGCGUGAGAAUGAUCCCGCCCCUGACUACAUUGAUAUGACGAAACACGCUGCUUCCAUGUGUAAAUAAAAGCUGUUGGACUCUGA